AUGACGGAGUUUCGACGAUUGGCUUGCUGUGUAACUCGUCCGUGGAGUUCGAAAAGCUGCUCGGUGCUUAAUAAAAGCUUUGUAAAUACCCGAUCUGUCAUAAGAGAUGACGAGUUGUUAGAUCCAAUGGAUUCACCGCAAAUCAGGGAACCUUUGCUAAAUAUGACGCAUGACUCUGUUGAUUGUAAACUCGGUAUCUGCGCAAGCAUGGUCUCGACAAGAGCUCACUCGGUUGCGAACAACGGGAAACAGUGCGCAGGUACGUAUAGUCUAUUCCCAGACGAAGGCGGAUGCCCGCAUAAGAUCAUCAAGGAAGAUCAAGUGGACUUCGUCGAUGCGGAUAUUGAAAUGGGUGCUGUAAAAAAGAAGUCGGCCGCCUUUUGA